AGGUGCAGCAACUGCACCUAGGUUGUCUCCCUCCCCCUCUCCUCCUUUCCAGACCUAGACUAGCAAGUUCACUGACUUUUGGGAUCCUCAGCUACUCCCUUGCCUCGGCUGGACUUUGCCAACAGAUGGAGACACUCUCCCCUACCGGUCUUUAGGGUGGCUGAGAGGCAGGAUUCUCUGCCAGGAAGCGCCAGGCCACUCCUGCCCAGAUCCCCGCCCACUGCCACUUGUCUGCUGGCCUGGCACCUGGGUCUGGCUGACCUCUCUGUAUCUCACAGGAGGAACCACACAAGCUAGCAGCCCCUGAGAGCACCUAGACCGUAAGGUAAGGCCCUUGGCUUUGGCUGGCACAGAGGUGCAGGAGGGCCAGCAGCACCGAGUGACCAGGCAGAUGUGCCCCCAGGAGAGUUCCUUCCAACCUUCUCAGUUCCUACUGCUGGUGGGGGUCCCAGUGGCAAGUGUCCUCCUUCUGGCCCAGUGCCUUCGAUGGCACUGUCCUAGAUGGCGGCUGGGGAUCAGCAGGACGCCAGAUGGCCAACAGGAGCCAGAGUCCCAACCUGUUCCCCUGCCAGAAAAUGAGGCCCCAAGGCAGGGCCUGCCAGCCACGCUGCCAGAGAUAGUUGCCUUCUACCAGGAACUGCACACACCCACUCAAGGCCAGACUGUCAUCCGUCAGCUGAUGCACAAACUAUUGGUGUUUUCUGCUCGAGAGGUGGAUCACCGGGGUGGCUGCCUGAUGCUGCAGGAUACGGGCAUCUCCCUGCUCAUCCCACCAGGUGCGGUGGCUGUGGGCCGGCAGGAGCGCGUGUCUUUGAUCCUGGUGUGGGACCUAUCAGAUGGCCCGUCGCUAACCCGAGCCCAGGGGCUGGUAAGCCCUGUGGUGGCAUGUGGCCCCCAUGGGGCCUCCUUCCUGAAGCCUUGCACCCUCACAUUCAAACACUGUGCCCAGCAGCCCAGCCACGCCCGUGCCUACAGCAGCAAUACCAACCUGCUCGACGCCAAGGCCUGGAAGCCCCUGGGGCGGUCAGGGGCCCAUGCCUCUCGGGAUGAGUGUCACAUCCACCUCUCCCACUUCAGCCUCUACACCUGUGUGCUGGAGGCACCUUUGGGGCGGGAAGCCCGCAAAUGGCUGCAGCUGGCCGUGUUCUGCUCCCCGCUGGUGCCAGGGCAGUCCCACCUGCAGCUGCGUGUCUACUUCCUCAACAACACGCCCUGCGCCCUGCAGUGGGCCCUGACCAACGAGCAGCCCCACGGAGGCCGCCUGCGCGGGCCCUGCCAGCUCUUCGACUUCACCGGGGCCAGAGGCGACCAGUGCCUGAAACUCCAGUACAUCUCAGAGGGUUGGGAGAACGUGGAUGACAGCAGUUGCCAGCUGGUCCCCCAUCUCCACAUCUGGCAUGGAAAGUGCCCCUUCCGUUCCUUCUGCUUCCGGAGAAAAGCAGCCAAUGAGAACGAGGACUGCUCGGCACUAACCAAUGAGAUCAUUGUCACCAUGCACACCUUCCAGGACGGCUUGGAGACCAAGUACAUGGAAAUCCUCAGAUUCCAGGCAUCAGAGGAGGAACCUUGGGCAGCGCCACCCCCUGUCUCCCAGCCACCCCCGUGCAAUAGGCUGCCCCCAGAGCUCUUUGAGCAGCUGCAGAUGUUGUUGGAGCCAAACAGCAUCACAGGCAAUGACUGGCGCAGACUUGCCUCCCACCUGGGGCUGUGCGGCAUGAAAAUCCGGUUCCUGUCCUGCCAGCGCAGCCCUGCCGCGGCCAUCCUGGAGCUGUUUGAGGAGCAGAACGGCAGUCUGCAGGAGCUGCACUACCUCAUGACGGUCAUGGAGCGGCUGGACUGCGCCUCCGCCAUCCAGAACUACCUGAGCGGGACGCCGGCCGGCAGCCCAGCCCGCGGGCGCGCCCGGGAUAACCGGGGCCUGGAGCUGGACGAGAAGCUCUGAGCGCCCGCCCGGCCGCGGCACUCGGGGCAGAGGGAGCGCGGGGCUGUGCCUCAGCGCCUACGGACACAUCAGCGGAUCCUGGCUGAGCCUGCCGCCCUCCUCCGAGCCCUCGGACGCCGCCCGGGGCCACCCGUGAGGCCGCGGUGCCCUCGCCAGCCUCCUGGCGUCGGACCCCCCGGCCGCCGACGCGGGCCCGCCUGCAGGUCCCCUGCUGGCCGGCAGGGGGCGCGGGAGCCCAGGAGAUGGCCGCGCCGGGUCGGCCUCCUGGAAGCGGGCCCGGGACGGUCGGGCUGCCCCGCGGGCGCAGCGUAGGGACUGGGCUGGCGUCCCGGGGAAUACUGGAGCACGGGAGGGAGGGUCCGGAGCCCUGACAGGCACGGCCGUCCUGGGAGACAAGAUGCGCUCCCGCGAGCUGAGGCCGCACUCGGACCGCGCCCACGCCGCGGGCAGGGGGUGCGGGCGAGGCGUGACCUGCGUGUGGGCGGGAGCGGCGAGAAUGCUGCGUGGGCGAUGCUGGGGAGAGAGGACUGGACUUGCAGAGUGGAUCAGGGAUGUGGGGGUGGGGG